AUGAAAAUGCGAAAUAUAAAAAAGUCAUUGCCUGUUUUAUUUAUUUUAUUAUGCAUAUAUCAACAAUACUUUAUAAACUCCCUGCGUAUCUCAGUUCGCAAUAACAAGAAUCAUAGAGAUGAAAAUAAAUUUAAUAAAAAUAUGGAAUUAGGGACCAUGGAAAAACCUAUUAAUAUUUUAUGCAAUGACGUAUCAUGUAAUACUGAAAAUAAUAUUUCAUUUGUUAAUCAAAAAAAAAAGGAAAUAGAUAGUGAUAGCGAUUUAUAUAAUAUGUUUGACGAUGAUGCAUCUACUUCUGCAGGUGAUGAUGAAGAUGAUUAUGACGAUUAUACAGAUGAUAAAAAUGCUGAAAUAAAAGAUGAAGAACAAAAUGAGCAUAUAGAUAAAAUUGAUCAAAAGAAAGACAAGAAAAGAACAUUUAGCAUUAACAAACAGGAAGAAGAAAUAAAUGAAAAUAAAAAUAAAACAGAGAAAUUUUUUAAAAAAUAUAAAUUUAAUGAUGCAAAUAGCGAAGGUGAUGAUGAUGAAUCAGAUACAGAUGAUGAAAAUCUUGACAACUCUACAGAAAAUAGCUAUGAAGAAAAUAAAAACCCAGAAAAUGUAAUUGAUAAACAUAUGGCUGUAUUUCCUGGAUUAUAUUUUGUAGGUAUAGGAUAUGAUAUUCUCUUUGGAAAUCCCUUAGGAGAAACAGAUUCAUUAUCUGACCCCGGAUACAGGGCUCAAAUUUAUUUGUUAAAUUGGGAAUUUAGUAAUCAUGGAAUUGCAAAUGAUUUGCAUACACUACAACCGAUAAAUGCAUGGAUAAGAAAAGAAAAUGCAUGUAGCAGAGUUGAAUCGAUAAACGAAUGUUCUAGUGUCUCAGAAUAUACAAAAAAUUUGUCAGUAGAUGUGAGCGUAUCUGGAAGUUAUAUGGGAUUUGGAUCUUUUUCGGCAUCAACUGGAUAUAAAAAAUUUAUUAAUGAAAUUUCUAAAAGAACAUCAAAAACGUAUUUUAUAAAGUCAAACUGCAUAAAAUACACAAUUGGCUUACCACCUUAUGUUCCUUGGGAACAUACAACGGCCUAUAUGAAUGCAGUAAAUAUUCUCCCAAAGGAAUUCACCGGAUUGGAUGGAGAUAGUGAGUGUACACCAGAUGUAUAUGAACAAAAAAAGAUGACUAAGCAAUGCAAAAAUGUGCAACUAUGGAUUCAAUUUUUUAAAACGUAUGGUACACAUAUAAUCGUUGAGGCACAAUUAGGUGGUAAAAUAACGAAAAUCAUAAAUGUAUCUAACACAUCAGUGAACCAAAUGAAAAAAGAUGGAGUAAGUGUAAAAGCACAAAUACAAGCCCAAUUUGGUUUUGCAAGCGUAGGGGGAUCUACAUCUGUAAGCUCAGAUAAUUCAACAAAAAAUGAUAACAGUUCAUAUGACAUGAGUGAAAAACUAGUUGUUAUUGGAGGGAACCCAAUUAAAGAUGUAACAAAGGAAGAAAAUUUAUAUGAAUGGUCAAAAACGGUUUCGUCAAACCCAAUGCCAAUACAUAUAAAAUUAUUGCCAAUUUAUAAAAGUUUUGAUUCUGAAGAAUUAAAAGAAUCAUAUGAAAAGGCAGUUUUGUAUUAUACUAGAUUGUAUGGAUCAUCUCCUCAUGGAACUAUACAAAAAGAUGAAAAUGACAUAAUUAAAAUAUUAACCGCGUCAACUACAAUUACUAAAAUCGGUGCCCCCCCUAUAACUGCAGAAUGCCCACACAACCAAGUUGUUUUAUUCGGGUAUGUAUUAAAACAAAAUUUUUGGGAUAAUACAUCAAAUCUAAAAGGAUAUGACAUAGAAAUAUGUGAAGCUGGUUUAAAUAGCUGUACAUCGAAACAAGGAAGCACAAAUAAAUAUGAUGUGUCUUAUCUUUAUAUUGAAUGUGGAACACAAGCUAUGUCGUUUUCUGAUCAAGUAAUAACUGCCAGCAAUACAACGUAUAAUACGAUAAAAUGCCCCAAUGAUUAUACGAUUAUUUUCGGAUUUGGAUUUUCAUCUUCAUCGGGGAAAGGAGUUUCAGCUAUGCACACCCACAUUACAUCAUGUAGACCAGGCAUGAAAAGUUGUUCGCUAAAUAUGGGAAACUCAAACGACAAAAAUUACAUGUACCUUGUGUGUGUUGAUGCAACAAUAUGGUCAGGCAUAAAUGAACUGACCAUUGUAGCAAAAGAUGAUUUCCAUGGUGCAGUUAAUAGAUCAAAACAAUUUAAUGACGGGGAAUUAGUUCUAAGUUGCCAAGAAAAUGGUACGAUAUUAACUGGAUUUACAGGGGAAACACAUACAUCCAGCCCAUACGUAAAAUCACCGUUUUCAAAAUGUUUAAAGAGUUUAAAAUCAUGCUCAGUACAUGGUUCAGGCCAAUCAAUAGGAUAUACCAAUUAUAAAUCAUUAUUUUCUAUUAUUCUUUGUAAAAAUGGUGAAUAG